AUUGGAAGGUUGAUAUUAAAAAGGGUUUCUUUUUCGGAAUAAGGUAUGAUCCAACCGACGGGGAGUUUUAUCUAAUUAAUUAUGUUUCUGUUUUGGAUUCACUUCUUUUUUGGACAAUCAAUUUGCAUUCCAACACCAACAGGCAAUUUUAAGAAAUUUUGUUUGUGAAUCACUGAUAUUCAAAGGAAGAAUGAGUCAUUUUCCAGGGGAUUUUAGGAGACCUGAAUCAGCUAAAAGUAGAUUGAAAGAUUUAUUGCUUCAGAUAGAUAAUCAACUUUGUGCGGAUUGUGGUGCCCCAGAUCCCAAAUGGGCCUCUGCGAAUAUUGGCGUGUUUAUAUGCUUAAAAUGUAGUGGCGUGCAUAGAAGCCUUGGAACACAUAUAUCAAAGGUUUUGUCAAUAACGUUGGAUGAAUGGUCUGACGAUGAGAUUGAUGCAAUGAUAGAGGUUGGAGGAAAUGGUUCUGCUAAUGCAAUAUAUGAGGCUUUUAUCCCUGAUGGAUAUACAAAGCCUGGACCAAGUGCCAGCCAUGAGGAGCGUUCAAAUUUCAUUCGGUCUAAGUAUGAACUUCAAGAAUUUUUAAAACCAAGCUUGCGAAUUGUAUCCAAUAACUCCUCAAAGAGUUCUGAGGAGCCAAGUUAUUUUCAAGAGAUCGCCGAUAGCUUUCGAAGCUCAAAUUCUUCAAAGAAAUCACCACAGGAAGGCAUGGUUGAAUUUAUGGGAUUAUUGAAAGUCAAGGUGAUUAAAGGCACAAACUUAGCCGUGAGGGAUGUGAAGACCAGUGACCCUUUUGUUACCUUAACUCUUGGACAACAGACCGCUAAAACGAUGGUGAUAAAGAGCAACUUGAAUCCAAUUUGGAAUGAGGAACUCAUGCUUUCGGUUCCUCUGGAAUAUGGACCCUUGAAGUUGCAAGUGUUCGAUCACGACAUGAUUUUAUCUAAUGACUUGAUGGGCGAAGCAGAAAUCGACCUCCAACCGAUGAUAACAUCAGCAAUAGCAUUCGGAGAUGCUGAAAUGCUUGAGAACAUGCAGAUUGGAAAAUGGUUGAAGUCAGAUGACAAUGCCCUUAUCGAUGAUAGCGCUGUCGUAAUCGUCGACGGGAAGGUGAAACAAGAGGUGUCACUCAAGCUCCAAAAUGUAGAAUCAGGUGAAGUGCACUUGGAACUAGAAUGGAUACCUAUUGAUCAAUAAUAUGCAUGAUUUUCGGUUUGUUAAUGCAAUGUAGUGAAAUUUGAACCGUAUUUGUAUGUAUAAGCAAACCUAGGAAGAAGCAUUUGUGUGGGUUCGUUUGAUAAACAAAUUAAAAUUGAACGACACAUGGCGUACAUUUUGUAUCAGGCUCGAAAAUAUUCCAAGUUAAUUUCAGAUGAUUGCUUGCUCUUUUUAA